AUGCUCAAAAAGGAUAAUAUAUAGAAACAAGAACCUAAAGUUGUAAGUCGGCCUAUAGAUCGUUUAUUUCUAUAAUUAGUUCUGGCCUCAGACUACUUUUUAUGGUUCUUCCAACGAAAGUUAUACAGUUAUUUCUACUAAGUGUUAACCUUUGUGUCUUGUGUGUUUGCUAGAUUUAAUAAUAUUUAUUUGGACCUUCCGGUAUUUGGUUAUUUCAUUAAAUAUAAGCAUACGUCUGAUAGUUGCAGUGUUCCGCCGCCACAGUAGCACUAGCUCAAACCGUAAACAUAACAAUAAUUUCACUUUUGUGUUUAAAAUAAGGAAGAGAAUAUGCUAAUACAAUAAUGCAUCAGUGCUGCGUACAUAAAUGUAGGAAUCAAGGGAACCAUUCAUUUCCGAGAGACCAAAAACUACGGAAACUAUGGGAAGCGGUCAUACCCACACGUGAUGAUAAGGUGUUUGUUGCAAAAAAAACAUCAAAAAUAUGUGCAGCACAUUUUAAAUCAGACGAUUUCAUUAAGGUUGGAUGGUUCUCAGGAUUAGUGAACAUCAGGCGCAUUUUGAAGAAGGGAACAGUGCCUUCCAUCUUUCAGUGCCACAAACCGGAAGAUGUCAAAUCUAAGCCAACCCUAGAAGGGGCUGGAGCGGGUAUGGUUACUUUGGAACUGGAAUUAUUGAAAAAGGAGCCCGUAUGUGAUGAUUUAGUCAGUGUAAAUGCUACCAGCCUGUAUGACGUUCAUGUGGCGAAAGAUGAUGAUGGUAUGGUUACUUUGGAACUGGAAGUAGUGAAAAAGGAGGUAGUUGUGAAGGAGGAGCCUCCGUGUGAUGACUCGGGCAGCGAAGAUGUCGCCAGCCUGUAUGCCGAUCGUGUGGUCAAAAAUGAGCCCGGGCUAGGGCCUGAGAGCUUUCAGCAGCAUACGAGUAGUAACCAUACAUUGGAACUAGAUAUAGUGAAAAAGGAAGUAGUCAUAGAGGAGCCCCCAAGUGAAGAAGGCUUUGCAUACGCCGACUAUGUGGUUAAAGAUGAGCUCGCGCUAGGACCCGUGUGCCAGCAACGGCAUGCCGCUGCAGACACAGACAUUGUAAAUACAAGCGCCUGCGGACAUCCUCCGGCCCUUGUCGUCGCACCACCGCCCCAACCAAUCAGCGAGCGCGACUGCACUUCCAUCGGCCCCGAUACGUCAACCAAAAAGAAACCUAAAACCUGCGAAACAUGCCAAAAGACCUUCACCCGAGUCAGAAGUUUAAACAUACAUAAAUUGAUACACACCGGCGAGAAACCACACUCGUGCAAUGUAUGUGAUAAAAGUUUUAAGCGCGAGUAUGAUUUGAUGUUACACCAACGAACGCAUACCGGAGAAAAACCAUAUUCGUGUGAAACAUGCAACAAGCAGUUUGGGAAAAACAGCGAUUUAAACAAACAUAUUCGAACACACAAGGGGCUGAGAUACUCCUGCGAUAUAUGUAAACAGGACUUUGUAGAAUUGAGUACCAUGAAGGCACAUAAACGCACUCAUGAAAAGGCAUUUUCGUGCGAAAUUUGUGGUAAAUCGUUUAAACAAAAGAACUAUUUAUAUAAACAUAAACAAAUACACAACGGGGUGAAACCAUACAGUUGUCAUAUAUGUAAAAAGGGUUUUACAUACUUGCAUAAUUUAAAGGAUCAUGAACGGAUCCACACAGGUGAGCGACCAUUUUCAUGCGACUUGUGUGAAAUGAAGUUUAAACAGCUGAGUACUUUAAAUACGCAUAAACGAACUCAUGCAGGUUUUUUAUAUUGAGACAUGCAGUUUCCACAUACAAUAAUUGGCAUAUACGAACUAAAUAAUAUAUUUCACAGAAACUUGUUGGUUUAUUAAAUAUAUUAAGAACAUGUCGAGCGUUUUCCGAUUUAAAAUACGUGAGUGACCCGUUCUUAAUAUAUUUAAUAUGUCUGUGUCUCGCGGAAGUUUUGUUAUUAAACUUGUUGGUGUGUCUAGUGACCUCCGAGCAGGGGCGUUUUUUGCCCAGAGACAAAGUUUAGGCCUGCACAGAGGGAAUGCGGCCAGUGUCCUGGGAACAAUGCCUCGGGCAACACUACGGUUAGAUAACGAUUAAAUUUAAAAGUGUUUUUU